GUGAAAUUUACCUUUUAUAGCGGUCGAGCAAUUUACAGCCCGUAAUAGGCACAUCAAUAUUCUUACUUUUAGCAAUCUGCAUAGUCGUGUUAAUUUACGAGGGAAAUAUACGCUCUCGUUAUAACGUGGUCCCGGGGUUAGCAUGGAGCGGAAGGGAUCGUAGUGUCUUCAGAGGCGUCCUUGGUUACCGUGAUACUUACAACGUUAUCAUUAGUGGUGUUCCGAAAGGACUUCGCGCGAUGUGGCAAAAUGAAAACCACGAUGAAUAAUUAAUAUUCAGAGACAUCAUUAAGUCACCGAGGGACAUCGCUCUAUAGUAUUAUAUUAUAUGCAUAAUUUUCCGUCCAACAGAGAAAUUGUGACCUCUUCAUUGCUUUAUUAUAUGCUGAUGUGAAUAUCGCAUACGGGUGAAAUAUCAUUGACGAAAUAUUAAUAUUUAGGGAAAAUAAAUCAGAUAAUUUAUAAUGGCUCCGGAUAUUCAAGAAAGAGGGAAAAGGAAAAGAGUUUUAAUUGGUGCAGAAUAUACAAGUCCUGGCCCCGCCCAGUACCAGCUUCCGACAACAGUAGGGCAAAAUUCAAAUGACAAAACAAAAAGGUCCACGCCCUCUUUCUCAUUUGGGUCAAGACACUGGGAAUUCAAAAAAGAGGGUCCUGGACCUGCAUAUAACAUUGACAGUUCGUUGACGUCUAAAGGGAGGGACAUGAGACCCUCCUUUUCAAUGCUGGGACGUGCAAAAACACCAAAAAGAGACAUCAGUCCGGGAUGGGGGCCUGGCGCAUACAACACAGACAGAGCACCCCUGAAGGAGAAAAACGCCCCUCAGUACUCCAUGAGCCCACGAACAUCCCCCCGCCGUGUCGACGUCACCCCAUCCCCAAACAUGUACGCCCUACCCUCAACGAUAGGCCCCAGGGUCCCGGACAGAAAAGGGGGAACACAAGCUGCCCUCCUAGGAAGGACGAACUACUUGGAUUUUUCAGCUGAUCUCGCGAAAACACCCGGACCCGCCAAAUAUGGUGCCCUUCCCCCGUCGCAGACAAAACGAAGAGCGCCUUCGUAUAGCCUGGGUGCGAGGGCUAAAACACCAAGGGACAUAAACAACGUUCCAGGGCCCGGAAAAUAUAGCCCAGAACACGUGACAGCUCAUUUAGACGCCAGUCCUAGAUAUCAUAUAGGUGUUCGCCAUUCUCAAUACAUAAUGCCUGCUGUUCCGUUAGCAAAUGUUGAUUGAUGAUAGCGAAUUUAGCACACAAUAUUGACUAUAUUACACUGAAAAUUGAAACAUUUAUUUAAUUUGCAAAUCAUUAAGCAUUAUUUAAACAAGCCUUGUUGCAAGAACUAUUGAAAUUCAUUCUCAAGCACUAUUGAAGUGCAUUUAUUUCAAUAGCUGGCGUAAUUUCAAUAGGUUGCAACACAUUAUACAUGUACAUGUACCAACUUCACUUUAUUUAUGUUUGUGCUUUUCAAACUGAAACACUUUGUAUGCUUCAAUCAUAUAUGUUUUUUUUAAAUCAAAAUUUACCAAUUUCAAUUGGCCUUUCAGUUUACAUGCGGACAGUUGGUACGAGUACAUUUUAAUAUUGUUUAGAGGAGUAAAGGAAAUUCUUCUCUUUUCAACAAAUGUGCAAGACAAUACUUAUGGACAGUUGCUUCAUAUCAAACCACCCACAAAUUCCAAUCAUAUACAAGGGAAUUGGGUUACUUUUAUGAAUAGUUAAUACAUGUAGGUGAUGCUCAGCUUCAGAAACAAUGCAACUCAUUUUUUUUAGGAAUAUGAAUAUUGUUAGAUUAAUUUAUUAUAAAUGUCAAAGUAAUAUGCCAACAAAAUUUAACUAUUUCUCGUAAACUAUAAAUCAUUAAAAGAAACUGUAAUUUCAUGUAAUAAUAAAUUCCACUGAAUUUGCAUUUCUAUGAAAAUUUCAGGAUUUUAAGUAUAAUUUGAUAGUUUUGAACUAAUUCUAAGAAAAACAGUUUCUGAAAUGCCAUGCUUUACCUUUCAAAUAUUCGAAAAUGUGAACUCUCUCUCUCUCUCUCUCUCUCUCUCUCUCUCUCUGAUCUUACUGUUAUAAAUUCUAGCUGAUUCUGUGAUAUUGUUCAAUCGGAGAGUUGUUAAGACGUUAACAGGAGAACAUGUUAUUAUACAUAUAUGUGGUAUCAAAAAUGUAAUAAAAUGUUUCCUGUCGUUUUAAGGUUUUUGUUCUGAGGCAUGAUGAUAAUAUUUACUUUUAAAAAGUGUCUCUAUGGUAAAUAUUGUUAACUUGAGCAACAUUUCACUUUGAUGGAAGAGUCGCUUUCAAAACUAUUUUAAGUCGCUUAUAAUAGCAACAUGGUUUAUUUGAUAUUUAAAAGAAAGCAGAUAAAUCACUUCAUUGACAAUCACAUAUGCAUGGUUUUAAAGUGUAACAUUUUUUAUUUUAAAA